UAAACAUAGAUUUGUAUUAUUAUAAUAUGUAUACCUACUUGACUCAAGUUUACAGCAAAAGUUUUAUUUUACUGAUUAUUCGUCUACUAAAACCUAAAUAAAAUGCCGACUACAUCACAAAAACAUCGCAACUUUGUGGCUGAACCUAUGGGAGAAAAGCCCGUUACAAAGUUAGCUGGAGUUGGAGAGGUUCUUGGAAAACGAUUAGAAACUGCAGGUUUCGACCUUGGUUUCGACAAGGCUUUUGUCGUUCUGGGGCAGUUCUUACUCUUUAAAAAAGACAAGGAGCUAUUUCUAAAGUUUAUGAAAGAGACUUGUAGUGCCAAUGCUAAACGAUCUGAAGACUGUUACCAGUGCUUAAAAGACUGGUGUGAUGAAUUUUUGUAACAUAUAGAUUUGCAUUCAAGGUAAUUUGGAUUCAUUUUUUUGUGGAUCAUUGGUUUUAAAAUCCCAAAUCUAAUACAAAUUAAGGCCAAAAUUCCAUAAUUCCGCAUCAACACACACACAUGCUUUUGUAAUCUUUUAUUUUUUAGAUAUAUUACUUAUAUUAAUAUUAUUCUCAAAGUCUAUUCUCUUGAUGAUAUAUUUUUUUAUAAUUUUAAGUAACUAAUCUUUUGUGGCUGUAUAUUAAAUCUAGAUUAAGAUUGUAAAUAUAAUUUUGUAUGCUUUUGAUUAGGAACAAAUAAAUAAAGUUAAAUUAAGAUAAA